AUGGCUGAGUUCCAUAAAAAUAGUAAGCUAGUUAAAGGGAUCAACAGUUCCUUCAUCACUUUGGUCUCCAAGAAGGAGAAUCCAGUGGGCUUAGCUGACUACAGACCAAUUAGCUUGGUUAGUUCACUAUAUAAAAUCCUUACUAAGGUUCUAUCCUCCAGGUUGAAAGCAGUGAUUCCUCAAAUUAUUAGUGAAAAUCAAUCAGCAUUUAUUGGAGGUAGAAACAUUCUAAAUGGAGUGUUGGUGGCCAAUGAGGUUGUGGAUAGUUGGAAGAAAGCCAAGAAAAGAGGUUUGAUCAUAAAGUUAGAUUUUGAGAAAGCUUACGACUCUUUGAAUUGGGACUUUCUAUUGUCAAUGAAGUUAAACUUUGGGUUUAGUGAAAAGUGGGUGAAGUGGAUAAAGGAGUGUAUAAUCUCUGCUAGGUUAUCUGUGCAUGUUAAUGGAGCACCAAAUGAUGAGUUUAGUCCACAAAGAGGGCUCAGACAAGGUGAUGCACUAUCCUCUUUCUUGUUCAGCAUAGCAGCUAAGGGUUUAACUGAUGUUUUGGAAGUUCGUAAUGUGAAGAGGAUUCUGAGGUGUUUUGAGUUGCUGUCAGGUCUGAAGAUCAACUACCACAAAAGUUUAGUUAGCAGAGUGGGUGUUCCGGUUGAAGUUAUGAAUGAGAUUGCAUCAGUGUUAAGCUGCAAGGUGAAAAGUAUGCCAUUUCAAUACCUAGGACUACUAUUGGGUGUUAACCCCAGCAGAAAAGCAUCUUGGAGACCUAUGUUGGACAAAGCUAGAAGCAAACUGGCAGGUUGCAAAAGGAAAUUACUCUCAUUUGCAGGGAGACUUACUUUAAUUAAAUAUGUCCUUUCUUCUUUGCCUAUUUACUAUUUGUCUUUGUAUAAAUUGCCACAAGGGGUUGGUAGAGAGCUGGACAAGAUUCAGGCCUCUUUUCUCUGGGAGGGUUUGAUUUGA